AGGCCACUGCCCUGCAGAUGCUCAGCAGAGAGGAAGAAAGCUGGGUUCAGCUCACACUGACGGUAAUAGACUAUUUUAGAGCCAGAAGGCCUCAAGGCCAAGUAAGGACAAAAAGAUGUCGUCAGAAAGAGAGGAACUGGAGAAGGCCUUGGGCCAGUACAUCUUAAACACCUUACACUACACUGACACAGUGAAAAGAUUCUGUGAGGGGGUCUGUGAAUGGAUGAGGGCAAGGAAGAUAGAGUUGAGGAAGAUCAACAGCAAAAGUCAAGAAAAUUUGGCUGCUGUGUUGAAGGACACUAUGAGCGGCAUGAAGGAGCUUGACGCCUUCCUGGAUGCUGUGGAGAGGCUGGCGGUCACCUCACGUCAUGUGUUCAUGGAAAACCAGGUGAUACAUCUACCAGAAGAGAUCAGGCCUGAACAGGUUCAGGCUGUCAUCAUUGCAACAAGGCUGAUCUGCCCUCUCCUCCUCGAGUUUAAAAGAGAUGCGAGUGUCUUCUUUCUUCCCAGGCUUCAGAAUGUGGAAGUGCUGUCAUAUCAGCUGGACAAAUACAUUCAGACCACCCAGAAGAUCUGUGAGAUUAUAGAGAAAAGCCAUAUCAGAGACCUUUGCCUGAACAUGAACAAAGAAACUCUGGUGGACCUCGAUGGGGAUUUGUCUGAAGAUGACAUAAAAAGAAUGCUUUGUCACAUUAUUCAGCUUGAAGAAAUCAGGAUGGACCAGAACUUUAGGAUGGUGUUCUUGUUCCACGAUGUUCCAUGUUCUGGCUUCAAUGACGAGUUCAGCAAGCGUCAACCCAGGAUGUUGCAGUUUUUGGAUGACCUGAAGUACAGUGCUGUUCAGCUAGACAGAAUGAAUAAGGGAGCAAAGAUCUCCAAUGUGGCAGGCAGCUCGGUGGGGGUAGUUGGAGGCCUGCUUUCCAUCGCUGGUUUGAUACUUAUUCCUUUCACAGCUGGUGCAUCUCUAGCUCUGACAGUUGGUGGGAUAGGGCUGGGAAUUGCCAGUGGCGCCAACAGCUUAGUUACCACUGCCACAGAGUUUGGAGUCAACCGUACACAGCAAAGCAAAGCCAAAGAGAUCUUCCAGAGCUUUAUGGAGGAUGUCCAGAGUCUCCAAGAUUAUCUGGAGAAGGCGAUCACUCAAAUAGUCACUAAAAUAGAGGGGAAGGAAUUUGAUGUGUUUCUGAAGUUAGACAAUGCAUGUUUAGAACUUUGUUCGGUUGGAAAUGUGAUUAAAUCACUUCUUGAUGAGAUGUCUGCUGCUAAGGCAUUGGAAAGUGAAGAUGUGGUCAUGGGAAAAGACUUAAGCAUGGUUUUAAGUAAUACUGUGCCAGUAGCCCAAGGUAUUUUUGGACUGGUGGAAAGAGUAGCACUCAAAUCUCUUAGCACCACCAAGAUAACCAGGAUCGGUGGCUCUCUGCUCAAUGUUUUAUUCAUUGGCCUAGAUAUCCUUGAUAUCUGUAAAGAGAGCAUCAGUCUGUCCAAAGGCAGUGAGACUGAGGUCUCCCAGUUCAUCAGAGCCAGAUCUGCACUCUGGCUCACAGAAAUAAAAUCAUGGGAGAAUAUCCAUGAUUGUCUGUGUAAAGGUCUGCCGACAUCAGAGCAAAACCGAUCUGUCCUGGAGUCAUCAUUUUAUCCAGGGAGGGAGAUCCAGAAAUAAAGAGAAACAGAAAUAAAACUUCUAUCUGAUGAAGUGGGUGAAAAAGAAAAACAGUCUUAUGCAAUACAGUGAGAGUCCUGCCUUUUAUGGCAGCACUAACAAACCAAAAGCCACAAAAAGGCACAUAAGUCUGUCAGAAAUGGAAAUAGAAAAUACACGCAUGCCCUUAAAGAUUAUAACUCCUUAAUGAUAAUCACUUAAAAUAUUAAUAGAACAGUUCAAGGUUGUAAAAAACAUUGUUUCCCUAUUUACACACAUAUAAAACAGAAUAGAAAAUAUGAUAUACUGUACUGUAUGUUUUACUUAAGUGAUUGUUGAUUGACUGUAUGUAUGUAUCUAAUAAUAAACU